AUGGCUCUUCCUCCGCGCUACAUCGGGCACCACUACAGCCACGACGCCGCUUUUGACCCGCGCAAGGGCGCCACGCUCGAAGUCUUCCUUGACCUCCACUGCCCGUUCUCGAAGAAGGCGCACUUCAAGCUGAAGGAGGUGGUGGCGCACUACGGCAAGGACAAGCUAGACGUCGUGUUCAUCAACUGGAUCCAGCCGUGGCACCCGCAGGCCACGUGGCUCCACUCGGCCCUGCUCGCUGCGUCGCUCUUUGACGACAAGUCCCUCUUCUGGAAGCUCGCCGACCUCCUCUACGAGAAGCAGGACGAAUUCCGUGACGAGAAGGUGGAGAAGGUGAGCAAGGUGGAGUUCUACGACCUCAUGACCACCUACGCCAAGUCGGUCGGCAUCGACGAGGAGCAGUUCCGUAAGAACCUGGCCAGCAACGAAGUCGUGCAGCUGAUCAAGUGGGAGCAAAAGUACGGACGUCAGAACGGCAUCCACGCCUCGCCCACAUUCCUGGUGAACGGCCUUGUGGUGGGCCAGGCCUCAUCCGGCUGGACCCUCGAGCAGUGGCGCGAGCUCCUCGACCCCCUCCUCGCCUAA